AUGGCUUAUGAUUCAGCUAUUCCUUUUCAUUCGCUUGCUUCAUCUGUUACUGUGUUCAACGGAUUGAACUUCUCUAAAUGGCUUGAACAAGUCCAGUUCCACUUAGGUGUGAUGGAUCUUAACUUGGCUCUGCUGAAUGAUAAGCCCGCUGCCAUUACUAAUUCGAGCAGUGCGGAUGAGAAGUCUUUCCAUAAAGCGUGGGAACACUCUAGCAUGCUAAGCAUUAUGUUUAUGCGAAUGAAUAUUGCCAGCAAUAUUAAGAGUACUAUUCCACAAACAGAAAGUGCCAGGGAAUACCUGAAGUUUGUGGCAGAACAUUUUCGUUCUGCAGAUAAGUCUCUUGUUGGUAUACUAGUGGCUGAACUCACGACCAUGAAGUUUGAUGGGUCGCGUAGUAUGCAAAACCAUAUCAUCGAGAUGACUAAUAUUGCAGCAAGACUUCAAACCUUGGGGAUGAAAGUGGAUGACUUCUUCCUGGUUUAG